GUGUAAUGUAAAUAAUGUACACACCCACAAACUUGGACUAUGUGAAUGGUGCUAAAGGCAAAGAACAAAGUUCAUUAUUAAUUGAUUAUAUAUUAUUUGUUUGACUAUAGUUUUUGGAAAUUGAUCAUAUUUACCAAAAUCUCAAGAUUUCUCGUGAAAGUGGUCUUAGCUCACACUUCCAUAAAGGCAACCUCCUUUCCUUCAUCACCACUCACUCACUUGAUCACUCUAAUCAUUUUGCUUUCAAUAAUCACUUUUCUUAGAUUCACAUUUGAGUACUUGCAUUGACUCUGAUCUUCUUCACCUUCAACCUCAAAAACAGUUUAGUUUCUUGAGGUUACUGCAAUGGCUUCUGGUUGUUUAACCAUAAAACCCAACACCCAUUUUUCAAUUUCUAAAAAAGGUUCUUUUUUUGGAGAAAGAAUCAAAGGAAGCUUCCAUAACAGUUCCUGGGUCACGGAUCAGUUGAAUGAACGUUUCACAAAUCAGAAGAAGAUCAAACAUGUUGCUGUAUCUGCUAUUCUUACUUCAGAUGAUCCCAAAGGUUCCUUGAACUUGCAAGUGCCUUCAUUUAUGAGACUAAGGGCUGAUCCAAAAAAUGUGAUUUCCAUUGUAUUGGGAGGAGGACCAGGGACACAUCUAUAUCCUCUCACCAAACGAGCUGCAACACCCGCGGUUCCUGUUGGGGGAUGCUAUAGGCUUAUAGACAUUCCAAUGAGCAACUGUAUAAAUAGUGGCAUCAAUAAAAUAUUUGUGCUAACUCAGUUCAAUUCUGCUUCCCUCAACCGACACAUUGCCCGCACCUAUUUUGGUAAUGGCAUCAACUUUGGUGAUGGAUUUGUGGAGGUUCUGGCGGCGACACAAACACCAGGAGAAACGGGAAAUAAGUGGUUUCAAGGAACUGCAGAUGCUGUGAGGCAAUUUACCUGGAUAUUUGAGGAUGCCAAGAAUAUAAACGUCGAAAAUGUAUUGAUCUUGGCGGGGGAUCAUUUAUACCGAAUGGAUUACAUGGACCUUGUGCAGAGUCAUGUUGAUAGAAAUGCCGAUAUUACAAUUUCGUGUGCUGCUGUGGGUGACAGCCGUGCAUCAGAUUACGGAUUGGUCAAGGUAGACGAGAGAGGCAAUAUCAUCCAAUUUUCUGAAAAACCGAAAGGGGCUGAUCUGAAAGCAAUGCAAGUAGAUACCUCUCGUCUUGGGUUGUCGCCACAAGAUGCAUUGAACUCGCCAUAUAUUGCAUCUAUGGGGGUUUAUGUAUUCAAGAAAGAUGUUUUACUCAAGCUUUUGAAAUGGAAAUAUCCUACAUCUAAUGACUUUGGAUCCGAAAUCAUUCCUUCAGCUAUAAGGGAACACAAUGUCCAAGCAUAUUUCUUCGGAGACUACUGGGAAGAUAUUGGAACAAUAAAAUCCUUUUACGAUGCUAACCUUGCUCUUACCAAAGAGAGUCCGAAGUUUCAGUUUUAUGAUCCCAAGACACCCAUUUUCACAUCUCCUGGAUUCCUACCACCAACAAAGAUUGACAACUGCCGGGUUGUGGAUGCCAUUAUCUCCCAUGGAUGUUUCCUGAGAGAAUGUACAAUCCAGCACUCCAUUGUGGGUGAAAGAUCACGUUUAGAUUAUGGCGUUGAGCUUCAGGACACUGUAAUGAUGGGAGCAGACUAUUACCAAACCGAAUCCGAAAUUGCUUCUCUUCUUGCAGAGGGAAAGGUCCCAAUUGGAAUCGGAAGGAAUACCAAAAUUAAGAACUGUAUUAUUGACAAGAAUGCAAAGAUCGGGAAAGAUGUCGUCAUCACGAACAAAGAUGGCGUACAAGAAGCAGAUAGACCAGAAGAUGGGUUCUACAUCCGAGCAGGAAUCACAAUCGUAAUGGAGAAGGCAACAAUAGAAGAUGGAACUGUCAUAUAAAUAAUGGUUAGUGGUUGUUCCAUGAGCUGGUUUCUCUGAGGCGUCGGAGGAAGCAUUGUAAGGAACACUCCCUUCCGCAUCUUUUGGGGAGGUAUGGCAACUGUUGCAAAAUGGUAUGUUGAAUAGAGAAAGCGGAAUGUGUAAAAUAGGAGCUCUCCCACCACAUGUAAAAAUAGAAUGAAUGAAUAAAUCAUAAAAGUGAAAGUGCACAAAAGUAAAAUAAAUUAAAGGGCUGAGCCUGUGUGAGCUAUGAAGUUACCAUAUCCUCUCCCUUGCAAGUGCAAAGGACACCUUUUAAAUCAUUGUAUCACUGAAUUAAUAAUUUAAUUUUUAACUGGGUGGUGUGAUAAAGAAUCUGUUUA